AUGGUGUUUCAACAGGACAAUGACCCGGAACACACUUCACGUGUCGUGAAGAAUUGGCUCGACAAACAGUGUGUAAAACGUUCAAUUUGGCCACCAUUUUCGCCAGAUAUGAGUCCGAUAGGGCAUUUUUUGGACGAACUCGAACGUCGUAUGAAAAAACACCAGCCAAAAAACCAAAAAGAACUCCGAGAAACACUGCAGGCUGAAUGGGAAACUAUCGGACAGGACGUAACUAAUAAAUUAGUCGAAUCAGCUCCAAAUCGUUUAUACGAAUGUAUCCGUAUGAAAGGAUAUUCCACGAGAUAUUGA